AUGGCAGAUGAAGAGAAGGCCAUCGGCGCCUCUUCAGCCGUGGACGUGGAGAAAAGUGCAGAGAUGAAGGGGAAACAUGCCGACCCGACACUGGAAAAGCAUGCCCAUGAUGCCGACGAGGCGAUGAAGGCUCUAGAAGAGUUUCAUGGUGAAACACUCGAGCUAGACGAAUUCACCAACCGUCGACUCCUUAGAAUAAUUGACUGGCACAUGAUGCCGAUUAUGUGCUGUAUCUACGGCAUGAAUUAUCUGGACAGUAUGUGCUCCGUGUGCUACACGUACAUUUUUCGCAUCUCCUACGUCACCCUGCAGCCGCUAACUCAUGAAAACCCUUCAGAAACAACAUUAUCUUACGCAAGUAUUAUGGGCAUUAAGACAGAUCUGCAUCUGGUUGGAGACGAUUAUCAAUGGUUAUCAAGUCUAUUUUACUUUGGCUAUCUUGCAUGGGAGUAUCCGACCAACCGCCUACUGCAGCGAUUACCCCUCGGAAAGUAUUCCGCAGCUUGCAUUCUGAUAUGGGGACUUAUUCUGUGCUGCUUUGCUGCAGUGAAUAACUUCUCGGGCGCGAUCGCCAUUCGCUUUUUCCUGGGCAUUUUCGAAGCCGCCGUGACACCCGGCUUUGCAUUGCUCACAUCUCAGUGGUACACCAAACAAGAACAAGGUAGCCGGGUGAACAUCUGGUUCAGCUUCAACGGCGUAGGCCAGAUCCUCGGAGGGUUUGUUGCAUACGGAGUCGCGGUCGGAACUGCAAAGCAUGGAUCGGCGAUUGAGCCAUGGAAGAUCAUUUUCCUCGUUACCGGACUCUUGACCGUUUCGCUGGGAUUGGUCUUCCUCUGGAUUGUUCCCGAUAGCCAACUGAAUGCGCGCUGGUUGAAGAAAGAGGAUCGGAUCUUGGCGGUCGCUCGAGUGGCGUCGAACCAGCAGGGAAUUGGAAAUAAGCAUUUCAAGAUGUAUCAGGUUAAAGAGGCGCUUCUGGACCCGAUGACAUGGGCGUUCUUUUUCUAUGCGCUUAUUGCCGAUAUCCCGAACGGUGGUAUCACGAACUUCUUUAGUCAAUUGAUUACUAGCUUCGGAUACUCCAGCCAGGAGAGUCUGAUCCUCGGUGUCCCUGGUGGCGCGGUCGAAGUCAUCGCACUGUUGGCUAAUGGAUACAUGGGGUACAAGACCGGUAAUCGCAUCUUAUGCAGUUUGGGUGGUCUCCUUUGCGCGCUUGUGGGAAUGAUUCUCAUCGUGGCUCUUCCCGAGACCAACAAUGUCGGUCGCUUGAUCGGAUACUAUAUGACUCAAGCUAGUCCGACGGCGUUUGUGGCCCUCCUGGCGAUGAUCUCGUCCAACGUGGCUGGAUACACGAAGAAGACCACCGUCGCAGCACUGUACCUGAUUGGGUACUGUACUGGUAAUAUUAUCGGCCCCCAAACCUUCCGCCCUGAGGAUGCGCCUCGCUAUAUCCCUGCGGAAAUCACCAUUAUUGUCUGUCUUGGCGUGUCGACUUGCAUUAUGCUUUUCGUUUACUGGUGGUAUGUCAAGGAGAACAAGCGGAAGGCAGAGAUUGUGUCGCGACCGGAUUAUGUGAGGUUGCAGAACCAGGCCUUUUUGGAUUUGACGGAUCGGGAGAAUAUGGAUUUCGUAUAUGCCCUUUGA